UAUUUAUGUGGUGUGGUGUAAACAUUCUCUUUAACUUUAACGUUAUUUUGAUGUUAUUUAAACAAAUAAACCAUGGCAAAGGGUAAACUUAAGUAUAGAGAUGUCGUAAAAAUACCUGGUGGUGGUAAAGGCAAACCACGUAAAGGUUCGAAAGGAAAUAAAAAUCCAAAAGGACAAAAAGGUAAAUUUUCAAAACCAAGGAAGACUUACAGCUUGUAUAAAAACGAAAACCAGGGACAAAAACGGAAGUUCAAUAGACGAGAUGAUAUAGAUGACUUAGAUGAGCCUAAAAAGCUGAAGAUUAAAGAAAAAGAGCCUGAGAGUUCAUCAGAAAGUGAAAAUGAGCAAGUUGAUGCUAUGAAGCAGUUACGACAAACUUUUGGGGGGGUUAAAAGUUCAAAAUCUGCUGCCAUUGAUAGCAGUGAAGAUAGUGACAUGAAAGAUGAACAAGAUGAGGAAAUUGAAGAGGAAGAAGACUUAUCAGAUGAAGAAGAUGUUGAUACUGAUAACUCAGAUAUAGAAAAAGAAAACUUAAAAAGCAAAGAUUUAGGAUCAGAAGUUGAAGAGGAAGAAAAAGAUGAGAUAGAAGAAAAGGAAGAGGAACCAGAUGAAAUAGAAAUUGACCCUGAAACCCAAAAAGAAGAUGAUGAUAUUGAUAAUUCGGCAGAUCCAUUUGUAAGGCACUUAUUCUUUGACUUGAAUGAAAAUUUAUUGAAUUCUUUAGAGCAAACAAAAAUACCUUAUGAUCAUCAUAAUUUUAAUUGGCCUAAGUUGGGUAAUUUACAACUUCAACUGCCAAAAUGUGAGAAAAUACCUAAACAAAAAAUUGAGGAAAAUAGUAUUCUUGAAAAACAAAUAUUCGCGCCAUUAGGGGAAAAACCGGUUUUGAUUAAAAAUCAAACGCCUUCAAAAAUGUUUAUAAAAUCACAAAUAUUACCUAAUUUGGCAAAAUCAAAUAAGGCUCUAUUCAAUAAACAUAAAAUUUUAACAGAUUUACAAAAAGAGUUAUUUUCUGUUAUAAAUAAUUAUCAAGACUUGUUCUUUCCUGGAAGAACAUUUGAUAAUGCUGAAGAAUUAAGGUAUAUUUAUUCAUUACAUGCUGUUAAUCAUAUUUUAAAAACAAGAAUAAAAGUUAUACACCACAAUGCUCGAUUAUCAGCUAAAAAAAGUGAUGUUCCAGAUGAAUUUAGGGAUCAGGGCUUAGUCAGGCCAAAGAUUCUUAUUAUUCUUCCUUUCAAAGAUGCUGCUUACAAAGUAAUUUGUAACAUAAUAGAUAUUUUGUUGCCAGAAAAUAAAGGAAAUGUCAUGAACAAGUUGAGGUUUGUUGAGGAUUAUACUGGUAAUGAGUUAAUAAUGCCCAAAAAAAAUCCAAAACCUGAAGAUUAUGAAACAACUUUUACUGGUAAUACAAGUGAUGAUUUUAAAAUUGGUAUUACUGUUACUAAAAAAAGUUUAAAGCUGUACGCCGAUUUCUACUCCUCCGACAUAAUAGUAGCCUCGCCACUAGGUCUGCGCACAAUCAUAGGCGCAGAAGGCGAACCCGACCGAGACUACGACUUUCUAGCCUCCAUCGAGCUCUUGAUAUUCGACCAAACGGAACUUUUCCUCAUGCAGAACUGGGACCACGUCGUCCACAUUUUAAACCACCUCCACAUGCAGCCCAAAGCGUCGCACGGCACUGACUUCAGCCGCGUCCGCUCUUGGAGCCUGAACGGAUGGGCAAAAUACUACAGACAGACUCUUAUUUUUUCCUCGAUUGUUUCGCCAGAGAUAAACUCGAUAUUUAACAAGAAAUGUCAAAAUUACAGCGGCAAAAUCAAGGUGUGCAAUGCCGUGGAUUUCGGCAGCGUCUCGCAGGUGUUUGUGCAGUUGCCACAUGUGUUUCACAGGUUCGAGACUAAAGACGUUGCCAGUUGUAUCGAUGAUAGGUUUAAUUUUUUUGUUGAGAAAAUUUUACCGCAGCAAAAAGAUACGCUGAUGAAGCAGACGUUGAUUUUUAUACCGACGUAUUUUGAUUAUGUCAGGUUGAGGAAUUAUUUCAAGAGGGAGGAUAUCGGGUUUACUCAGAUCUGUGAAUAUUCAAAAGAAAAUAAAAUAGCAAGAGCAAGAGACAUGUUCUUCCAUGGUGAUGCCCACUUUAUGUUAUACACUGAAAGAUACCAUUAUUUCAACAGAAUAAGGGUUAAAGGAAUUAGACACAUAAUUUUCUACCAACCACCGGUUUUCCCUCAUUUUUACUACGAAAUGUGCAAUUUAAUGCAGGAGGGCAAUAUGAAUAAAAAAGUAGGCAACUCCUCAAACAUGACUGUGACAGUUUUAUAUUCGAAAUAUGACGUUCAUCAAUUGUCAGCCAUAGUGGGUACCGUCAGGGCCGCCAAAAUGGUACAGUCUGAUAGAAAAGUACACAUGAUGCUGACAGGGUCUGAUUGAAAUUUUAAUAAUAUUUUUGUACAAAAUAUGUUGAUAAUAAAUGUUAUUUAUUUAA